AUGAAGAUGAAGAUGAUGCUGUUAAUGGUGGUCUCUGUUGUACAAGUUGCAGUGGUGCAUGGGCAGCAGAGCUACUUGGGCAACAAGCAAAUGGACUGCGACAGCGACUACAACGUCACCGACGGCUACGUCUGCAACGGCGCCGCCCCUUCCUGCGCCUCCUACCUCACUUUCCGCUCCAUCAACCACUACAACACCCCCGCCUCCAUUUCCCGCCUCCUCGGCUCCACCCCUUCCGACAUCGCCACCGCCAACAACAUCUCCCAAGUCGAUCCCAUCCCCACCGACACCUCCCUCCUCGUCCCCGUCAACUGCUCCUGCUCCGGCCCCUACUCCCAGCACAACGUCUCCUACACCCUCAAGCCCGACGACACCUACUUCGUCAUCGCCAACGACACCUACCAGGGCCUCACAACAUGUCAGGCCCUCAUGCAUCAGAACCGCUACGACGCCUUGAACCUCACCGGCGGGCUCGUCAUAGAGGUUCCGAUCAGGUGUGCUUGCCCCACCACCGAACAGGUAGACGCCGGGAUCAAGUACCUGCUGGCUUACCUCAUGGACUUGGACGACGAUCUCGACAAAAUCGCCAUACUUUUCGGCGUUGAUGUACCCACCUUGCUCGCAGCAAACAACUUCAAGACCUCCGACGACGUCGUCUACCCCUAUCAGGCUAUUCUAGUUCCUCUUACUACCAAACCUUCUCCUCUUCAACUCCAGUUUCCUGUCUCUCCUCCGUCUCCGCCUUCUUCUUCUUCUCCUCCUCCUACACCUCCGUCGUCAUCACCGCCGCCUCCUUCACCACCAAAUAAGUCUUCCAACAAGAAAUGGGUCUUCAUCGGCGUCGGCAUCGGAGCUGGUUGUCUUCUCCUACUCAUAACUCCCUUCGCUUUCAUCUUGUUAAAACGACAACACCGUCAGCAGCGCCAAACUCCAAACCCCAUACCAAAGAGCUCAUCUGACCACUCGCCGGACUCGCUGCUACCCAGCACCACCUCCGACGAGGUAACAACAUGGUGGUCCCCAUUUUCCUCCAAUGGGCUUAAAAACGCAGUGGAGUCUUUGAUAGCUUACAAGUUCGAAGACCUGCAGAAGUCCACUGACUUCUUCAGCGAAGCCAACAGAAUUGACGGCUCUUCCGUCUUCAGAGCUACCUUUGACGGUGGCGUCGUCGCAGUUAAGGUGAUGACAGGCGACUUGUCCCUCUCAGGCGACGAGAUCAACAUACUGAAGCGGAUCAAUCACUCCAGCAUUAUCAGUCUCUCUGGAUUCUGUGUCCACAAAGGGAACACAUACCUCGUCUAUGAGUUUGCUGCUUCUGGCUCACUCAUCAACUGUCUUGAAAUGAAGGGCAACAUUAGUCCUCUGUCAUGGAAGCAGAGAGUUCAGAUUGCUAAUGAUGUGGCCAAUGCGCUCAACUAUCUACACAACUUCACACACCCUCCAUUAAUCCACAAGAAUCUCAACACCAGCAACAUUCUCCUGGAUGCAAACUUGAGAGCCAAGGUUGCCAAUUUCGGUCUGGCAAGAGCUGUCAAGUUUGAUAAUGAAGGCCAAGAUGGAGGACAUGGAUUUCAACAGACGAGGCAUGUGGUGGGUACGAGGGGCUACAUGGCUCCGGAGUACAUGGAAGACGGAGUGAUUACUCCGAAAAUGGAUGUGUUUACAUUUGGGGUUGUGUUGUUGGAGCUGUUGUCUGGAAAACCAGCUUCGGGUGAUGAAGAGUACAUGUUGCUGUAUGCGUCCAUCAGUGGGGUGCUUGAAGGAGAUGAUGUGAGGGACAAAAUUAAAGGGUUUAUGGACCCUUCUUUGAGGCUCCAGUACCCUUUGGAGCUGGCGUUUUCAAUGGCUCAUCUCGCUAAGAGCUGCGUCGCUCUUCAGAUCAACUCGCGACCCACCAUGGCUCAAGCUUCCGGUACUCUAUCUAAGAUUCUUUCGUCGACUCUCGACUGGGAUUCAUCUGAAGCUGUGGAUCUUGAAUACUCAAGGUCACUGAAUCAUGGCAGAUAG